AUCAUCCAGUCAUUCGUUCGAUCGGAUGCUUUCGAUUCUCAAAAAUGCUCGCACUUCUUCGUUCCAUCUGUCCAAAAAAGAGAUUUUAGUCACGGUCCUCCACUUAACAAGCCUAUGAUUGAGGACCGGGUUAUGCUUGUUCUUCAGCUAUAUGAUAAACUCAAUCCUAAUAAGCUUACCCUUCACACUGACAUAGUCAAUGAAUUCGGUCUUGAUAGCCUUGACAUGGUUGAAGUCAAUGUAGCUAUGGAGGAGGAAUUUGCGUUUGACAUUCCUAGUGCAGAUGCACUGCGACUUCGUACACCAUUUGAUAUCGUCCAAUAUGUCUGCGACAAGCAUGAUAUCUACGAUUGA